UACUGUUUGCUGAUGGAACAGAAGGUCCUCAGUAAGUCCUCCAUGGUGUCUAGACUGCCAAAAUUUGGUGCCCGUCCUGUCAGUGGUACCCCCUCAUCCCUUCCCAAUGGUACAGCCCAGACUGCUCUCACGCAAGAUGGCAAGAAUCCCCCAGCUAGGCCAAAUGGAGUGGUCAGAGCCUCCUCCUUCUCCAUGAAAUGGAGAAAGGAUAGUGGUGGGCCGGUGGACCCUUCAAACACAGUUGAGGGCACGAUACCAGAAGAGAGGGAAGAAGUUUGUUCCCAAAAUUCUACAGGAAGUAGGGAGUUAAAAAGCCCUUCUACUCCCACAACCAAAGUGCACAGGUCUGCCUCCUCAUUGCUCACUGGAAGCCCUAAAUCUGCACCCAAAACCCCUAAAUCCAUCCAGAGUCCUAAACCAAAGCCCAAAAUUACUCAAAUCACGACAGUCUCCAAAAGUCAGGACAUAUCCCAAAAAAGCUCAGGCUCCAAGCCAACUCAAAAUGGGACUUCAUCUCUGGGCUAUUCACCGAGCCAAGCAAGCUCUUCGGGGCUUCAGCGAUCAAGGGCGAACUCCAACUCUACUCGAAGCACCUCUAAAGACAGUUUGUCCCAGUCCAAUGACAGCCUCUCGCGACAGUCACUCGUGCCUGACUACUUGGUGCGUUCUCAGAGCUUCACUCACUUCAAGCAACUGCCCUCGCAAACAUCCGCACCCAUGACACGCUCCUUCUCUUUCAACAAGGCAGUGGAGCUGGCCAAACCGCUAGCUAAUACACAGCUCCGUCCUCCGAGAACACUUGGACUCAAAUCUCCUUUGAGUCUGAGUAAAGGCCGGCUAGUGCUUGGUUUGGGAUUUGAAAAGGGGAUAACAGAUAGACUACCUUCUGAGAAUCCUUCUUCAGGGAGUUUAACACCACCUAAUUCCAUAAAAAGGCCUCUUCUGCCUAACUCUGUGCUGACAAAACCCUCAUCACAGGCCUACAGGCUAAAUCGACCAAUUCCUGCCAAACCGCAGUUCCCUCUAGUGGUUGGGAGGAGCCCAGUGGCUCGUGACAUUAUAACGCCGCCCCUCUCUCCUGAAUUGCUUCAUUGUGCCACAAAGAACGCAUCAGGUUCCACAGUUUCCACAGUUUCCCCAGAGGAGCCCGUGACCGAGCCAGGGCUGGAUGGGAACCUCAGCUACACUGGAGAGGGAAUGGAGGACAUGUCUCUCUCCUCUGCAUCUUCUCUGGAGAGGAAUGACACAAGUGAAGAGUUCCUAGAUGACUUUGAUAAUCUAGGGGACCAGUCUGAAAAUGGCAUCCAUUUGAACAAAAAUCCUGUGGCCACUCCCACCCAAAUGCACAUGCAGGGAUUCUUUAAUGAGACCGUGGACUGGACUGGGAUUGGUCUGGCAGGUGACAAGACAGAUUCAAGUGAUCCGCCGCUCAUGUCCCCUGAUGUGGAUCGUCACACGACUUCUUCUUUGGAGCUCUCCCCCUCUAACAGCUCUGGAGGAACAUACAUGUGGGAUGAGGAGGGCUUGGAGCCGCUGGGACACAACACACACAUACACCGUAGCAGCAGUUAUGAGUCAGAUCUCAACAGCAUUGACAUUCUGAACAACUUGGAUAACACUGGCUCAUGUGACCUGGAAGAUGAUGACCUCAUGCUUGAUGUGGAUCUCUCAGAGGACGGGGCCUUACUCAAUGAUGGGAUGGCCCACUUCGAGCGCUCUGACAGGGGAGGCCGGCCGACUCAAUGGAGGAGGAGACAGCAGAGAUGGAGUGGAAUGGAUCAUGCUCACAAUGACAACAGGCUGGCUGGGUUUCAUCGGCCCUUCCAUCCUGCAGUUCAGCAAGACAGUCACACAGUGGCGCUAGAUGAACUCACUCUCAAGCACAUGACGGAGGACUGCUCAUCUGUCAAAUCACAGCUGCUCAGACUUAAGAGUCUGUUGCAGAUUGAUGAUGGUGAGAUUAUUCCAGAGAGUUUGGAUUCCAGAGAAGAUGACAACAGAGCCCAGAAGAUGGAAGAUCUGAUGAAGGAGGUGGCGCAUCUCAGGGAAGAGCUGAAAAAUAAAGAUAAAAUCAUUACACGACUCACUCAUCAACAGCAUCAACAAUCUCCGGUGAGAUGUAAGUGUCAUCAGCAGAAGUCAGGGGUCAAAGGUGAAAGAAAAAGAACUCAUCAUGAUAAAUCCACUCAGACGACGUGGCGACCGCCGCAUCAUCACCCUGCUCCUCAAAUACUUCAGCCCAUCAGUCACAUCCCCAAAGAAACCCUCAUCCAGGGAAAACUAGCAAGAAUAGUCCCCACCGGGGGCCACAAUGAAGCAUGCACCGAAGAAGAAUGGCUUCUUGUGUCCUGUCCUCCAGCCAACUGCACCUUUCCAAUUCUUCCUCCUGCUAAAGACCCUCACAUGGAGUCAAAAUCUCUGCCUGACCCAGAAGAGCUGAGCCGGUUGCUUAGCACCCACCUUCGCAUACAAGACGACAGUGAGAAUGACUCACCAGGGGCUGGAGAACAGAUUGCGAAAUUGACCCCUGAAAGCCGUCAAAACAAUCUCCUGCAGCACAGCCCGCGUGUCCUGCAACCUCCACGUCUACACAAAUGGGUAACUCUCCCUGCUCUGUCUAUAGGGGGCGGUAGUGGGUCAAACCCAAAACCAGGAUCCUCAGUGAUCCACCAGGCCCUGCAGCUUCUUCCUCCUCCUCUGUCCAGAGGUUUGCCAUGCUUCAGUGCAGGGAACCACAACAUUACUCGCGGCCGGCUCUCUCAGCCUUGGCCAGCAGUGGUCAGGAGUGAGGCUGACCCACAACACAAUGCUCCGGUACUGCUUGGCGUCUCCACAAGACUUAAAAAGCCAAAGAUCCAGUGAGGGUCAGCUGCAGCCAUAGACACUGAUAAGGCUACCUCCCUGAAUGCAUGAACACACAUGCAGCUUGCACUAGACUAGGUGGUGUUAGUGGCUAGAUAAUGUUUUAAGCUAAACAAAGCAGCUAAGCUAUCGCAUCUAACUAUGCAACAAAAAGUAUUGUCACAAUCAGCGAAUCUAUCGCGCAAAAUUGCUCUAUCACUUCAAACUAAAAGUCACUGAUCAUAAUUCCUUAACCACUAAGAAACCUUUACCACUCACAAUUACAUCAACCAUACAAGACAAUUAUAAUCUAGCUGGAUCCUAAUGGAUUGAUAAACUGAAGAAAAGACUGACAGACAGAAAUUCAGUCUGAAAGAGAAGGCGAAAGCAGAAAACGAGUACUAGAGAAGUCUUUGUACUAAUACUCAACAAACGUCAAAGACGACGUGAGUGCUGUGUCAUUGACUGCCUGUGGAGAUUAUUCAAGACACUCUCUGUGUCUGGCUAUUUCCCCAUGCGGUGUGCCCUCAGGACACCAACUCAUUUAGUGGGUGAAUAUGACAUUUACAACACCAACCUCCUGAGGUUUAACUGCGAAAACGCAUAUUAUUUUUUUUGCAGCCUCACAGAUCUUGUCUAAAAGAGAGAGUCAUUAUGUCAUGUGACCCAAGUCUUCUCUCCAGUUUCCAAAGGAAAACUUCUCGGUCUGCUGUGAUCUGAUCUGUUUGUGUAUUACUUUAUGCCUCAUUUCUCAUCUUUGUCUGAAUUCACCACAUAAACACGAAGAAAACAGUGCAAGCUACAAAAUCUUUUUUUUUUUCUUUCGUUUGCAUUCCUACAUAACGUCUUGUUUCCAAGUGCAGCAGUCUCUUUGACCUAUAGACAGUGUUUUGGCAGGUGGGUAUGCACGCCACUGACAUUGUUCCCUUUAUUUUCACCUUGGCUGCAGUCAUGAUCAGAUGAUUUUCAGUUUAAUUAGGCUUAUGCCUCAUGUGUUAACAAGGUUCUUUUUUUAUGGAUUAUGGCAUGCUCAAAGCAUAAACUUGCUGUUUCAACCCUCCCCUCCCCCACAUUAGUUGAAUACAAUAUUGCUAUAAUGCUUUUUCAUUAUUUAUACAUUAAGAUGUUUACAGUUAAAAUGCCUUUAUUAAUCUGUUUGGUCUGUUCCAGUGCUGCAGGAAUAACAUUUUUGCCUUGUCUUUGGAAUAGAAAUACUCUUGCGGUGAAACUUUAAAUAUACAUAAAGUACCUACCUGAGCAAUUUCUUAAUUUUUGAAAAAGAUUUUUGUCUUGAUGUUGCACUAACUUAUUUUUGGCUCCGCAAGUAAUGAUACUUAAAACAUUAUCAUUCAUGGAAAAAUUGGACAAUUUGUCUUUUGCCAUUAGGUUUGAAUGAUUUGUAGAGGUUGCUUUUGUUACCAGUAGCUGUUUUCUAAGGAGAAUGGUUUUCAGUUUGUUCUCCUUAUGGAAAUGUUUCUCUUUCUUAAGGUCAGAUUACAUAAAUAUGUCUCAGAAGGUUGAUAAGAUUGUCUGUACUUUGAGUUUUUGUGCUUUUGGCAUGCCUUGAUACAUAAUGCACACUCUAAUACAUAAAUAUACAACAAAAUCCACUUCAUGGAAGCACAUGGACUUCAUCUGUACUAUGAUUUUAAAUAUGCAAGAACCCACCUCUGUGUGUUUGUGCAAUAUAUGUAUCAGAGGGUGUAUACGUAUCAAUAUAUAUACCCUUAACCUUCAAAGUGGAAGUUUAUUCUAAAGAAAAAAUGUUUCCUUUUUUCCACCAUACAAGGGGCAUUGGGUAUUACAACAUGCUCUUACGUGGGCCAUAUACUUCUAGACACACCCUGAGCAGAGACGGGCAGCCAUGUCUAAAACCAACUAAAGUAAAUCAAUAGAAGAAGGAUAUUUGUGUGUGUGUUUCUCUCUCUCACCCAACUCUGUGGUUAUACUAAGCAUAAAAUCGAUGGAGGGCUUGUUUUAUAAUGCUCUGGACGCACUUUGUUUGUAUUUCUCUCUCUCUUUCUGUCUCUCUUUUUAUCGGUGUACGUGUGCAGGAGGAGAGGCCACACAUAAUACACUGUCUACUUGCUAAUGCAAAGUCGCAGAAGUACAUUGAUUCCGUCUGCUGUGGUCAGAGGUGAAUCGCUCAUGUCAGUGUCUGUUUACAGAUAGGAGCAUCUUAUCUUUCAUUUGCCUGUUAACAAAUGAGGUGAUACACACACAAAAAAUAGUGUAUAAUUAAAGGGAUAGUUCACUCAAAAGCUGCUUAUGUCAUUCCAAAGUAUGAUGACUUUCUUCUGUGGGAGACACAAGUAGAUCUUUAGCAAAAAGUCCAUAUAGUGAAAGUCAAGCACAAAAACGAUCCUGUCUGCUUGCAUUUUGGACCACAUUGAAAAAAAAAAAGGUUAAAUAUUCCUUUGUGUUCCACAGAGAAAAAAACAGGUUUGGAAUGACAUUUUCAUUUUUGGAUAAACUGCGUCUUUAGAUGUGUCUAGAACUUCAACGUUUCAAGAAUAACUGCAAAGAUGGCAGUACCUUUAACUAAUAACCAUUAAGGAGCCGCAGUGUAGAAAAACAAAACCAAAAAAGAAAAAACCUUAAUCAAGAACAGUUAAUUGCAUCAAUAAAAUACUAGGUAUAUUUCCUAAUUGCAUUAUUAAGUGCACCUAUACAAAGACCUGAUACUGUUGUGUAAAAUACAUUUAUGACUUGCUGCCCAUGUGUUUAUGACACCACCUUGGUUCUUAUAACCUGAACAAUUCUUUGAAAGCAUGAAAGUGUCUGAAACAAACACUUACUAUAAACUUAACAAUUUCCCUUCCAUAUAGUUCAUAUCUUGUCAUGUUUUUUUCCAACUGCUUUGACAUGAAAGUAUGCAGCAAUUUCAGAAUGCUACCAUUGCUUCAUUGUAGCUUCAUGAAUACAACAGCUACAACCUGUUUGUAUGGACAGAAGAGGUGUUUACUAAAAGAUGAAUGAAUUCAAGCACUUUAAAUUUCAACCCCAACACUGGAGAGACUGUGGUCUUUUUGACCGGUUUAAUUUGCUGUCAUCUUAUAGUGUGCAACUACUUUUAUUUGGCUGUUUGUGUUUUAAUGUUCUGUCCCUGUGUGCCCUGGUCCAGUGGAAGUUGUGAGACUUUAAUAAAGUGAAGGAAUAUAAUUCA